ACGCGAUAUCUCAAUUGGCUCAAGGGGGGGCGCUGCAUCAUUGGUGGGGGACGACAUGUUUACUGUUGCCUUGUUUUUAUUUUCAAUUAUAUCAACAUAAAAAUGUAAAGACAAUUAUUUUUAUCUUACAUUUUUAAAAUAUAAUUUGAUUUCAAUCAUCUCUGACACCCCCCUCUCCGGUUGAGGAGGCGUAUGAGUGGCUUGCUUGCUAAACCAGCAACCACCUACUUAGGCUAGCUGAUGUGGCUGGAGGCUAGCUAGCUAAUCAGCAGAGGUCUGAAAUUACGGAAAUUGUCGCAAUCGUUCUGAAAUUACGGAAAUUGUCGCAAUCGUUUUGCUUGCUCUUCGAGGACCCACUCCAUGUGACCUUUGACAGUCCUGCUGAAUGGGAGAAAUGAGGGCCAUUUGUGAGUGAGAAACUUGUGUGUCUCAGUGAUGUGCCAUGGGGUAUGACGUCACCAGGUUCCAAGGGGAGGUGGAUGAAGACUUGCUGUGUCCCAUUUGCAGCAUGGUGUUGGAGGAGCCAGUGCAGGCCCCGCACUGUGAGCAUGCCUUCUGCAAUGCCUGCAUCUCCCAGUGGUUCAACCAGCAGCAGAUCUGUCCUGUGGACCGCAGCGUGGUGACACUGGCUCACCUCCGGCCCGUGCCCCGCAUCAUGCGCAACAUGCUCUCCAAACUCCAGAUCGCUUGUGACAACGCUGGCUUCGGCUGCACAGCCACACUGCGGCUAGAUCAACUGCAGUCUCACCUGAAGGACUGUGAGCACAACCCCAAAAGGCCCAUCAACUGUGAGGAGGGCUGUGGGUUGGAGAUGCCUAAAGAUGAGAUGUGCAACCACAACUGCAUCAAGCACUUACGUGGCGUGGUACAGCAGCAGCACACCAAGAUCUCUGAACUGGAGAAGAAUGCUGCAGAGCACAAGCACCAGCUGGGGGAACAAAAACGGGACAUCCAGCUGCUAAAAGCCUACAUGAGAGCAAUACGCAGUGCCAACCCCAACAUGCAGAACCUGGAGGAAAGCAUUGAAUACAACGAGAUCCUCGAAUGGGUCAAUUCUCUCCUACCUGCGCGGGUGACACGCUGGGGCGGGAUGAUCUCCACGCCAGACGCAGUUCUCCAGGCGGUCAUCAAGCGGUCACUCAUCGACAGCGGCUGUCCUCUAUCCAUUGUUAACGACCUGAUUGAGAAUGCCCACGAGCGCAACUGGCCGCAGGGCCUGGCCACGCUGGAGACACGACAGAUGAACCGGCGCUACUACGAGAACUACGUUGCCAAGCGGAUCCCUGGGAAACAGGCAGUGGUGUUGAUGGCCUGUGAGAAUCAACACAUGGGAGAGGACAUGAUCCUAGAGCCUGGCCUGGUCAUGAUCUUUGCCCAUGGGGUGGAGGAAAUCUUAUAAGAACCCAUGGAGGGGAGGAGAUCUUAUAAGAACCCAUGGAGGGGAGGAGAUCUUAUAAGAACCCAUGGGGUGGAGGAGAUGUUAUAAGGAGAUUUUACAAGAAACUAGCCAACAUUAGGAGGAUGUCUAGUGUAGUUUGGCAGAGAGGAGUGCAGACAUUUCUAUCAGGGAUUUAUUCCUCUCUAAAAAAAAAUAACACUCCUCUCUAAAAACAAAUUAUGGGUCUAUUUCCCGAUGGAAAAAAAUAUAUAAAAAUACACACAUCCAACUUAUCAGGUGCAGGACAGAAGAAAGUAUCAAAUAAAAAAAGAAAUAGUAUGAUUCCAUGGUGAUUUAAUCAGACGCUCAAAAAAGACAAUGUUUCGAUCCACGAAGAUCUAACUCGGAUCGAAACGUUGGGAGCAUACCAGAGUUGCGGACAUUUCUUAUUUUUCUUCUAUUUCACAAUGACAAUGGAUAUGUAAAUGUUUGAAUGGCUCCUAAAAUGACCAGAAGAGGAGUAUUAUUUACAUAUGAGCUUAAUAUAUUUGCCUUAAAAGGACAUUUCCAAAAAUACACCUGGAAAAAGAGAACAUAACUGAUAAUACCCAGGAUAUUCUAAGAUGGAAUGUUUACAAGAGUCACAUAAUGUGCUAUUAAAAGCUAUGUCUGAUCUUCUUCUAAGCUUCGCUAGAUUCCCCCAUCCUACGCCUUCUAUUGUGUAAAUAAAUGAGUAUAAAAAAGAAUUUAAAUACAAAUAUUAUAUUGAAAAUAUAUACACAUUCUCUAGCUAUUCUUCUUAUACAGUAAUUAGACAAUGUGAUUUUUGUCCGUUGGCAUCCAUCUGCGUUCACACAGGAAGCUCAAUUCAAAAAUUUUCUCCACUAAUUGGUCUUUUGGCCAAUCAGAUCUUUUCACAUCAGAUCAUUUUCAGAGCUGAUCUGAUUGGUCAAAAGACUAAUUAGUGAAAAAAGAUCAGAAUUGGGCUGCCUCUGGACAUGUUUUGCUUGCUCCAGCAUUAUGUUUUAGUGAGUAUGUCAUGAUGGGUUGUAUGUCAUGAUGAUGUUUAGCUUAUUUCUUUGUGCCAUGUAUUUUAUUUAUUGAUUUUGAAGACUAUGCUUGAAGAUGUUUUUGUGUUAUGUAAAUACAAUUAAGCUCAUAAUUGUCCUUUUGCUUCUGUUGUACAUAGUUAACAUGAAAUUGGGUCCAACUGACAUUAAACGUUUGGGAUGUAACAUUG